AUGUUUCAUGGAACAAUCACAAAAGAGCUAACCAGUCAUGAAGAAUGGAGUCACUAUAAUGAAAAUAUAAUCGAAGAUCAAAAAGAUUUUGUUUUUGUGAAGUUCAGUGGACUUUAUUUAAAAUCUAUGGAAUAUUUGCAAUCUUAUAUCUCUCUUAAAGUAUGCAUUUUCUCAAAUAAUUUUAUUACAGAUAUUCAUCCACUUCAAAAUUGUAUAAAAUUAAUGAAACUUGACCUUCAUGGAAAUCAGAUCAAGAAUCUACCAGAUACGAAAUUUUGGAGUGGAUUAAAGUACCUAAAACUCCUCUAUAUUCAUGACAAUGCAUUUGCAAAGUUAAAGAAUUUAUGUGUAUUGUCUGCCUGUCCAAGCCUCAUUGCUCUCACUCUGUUUGAUUGUCCGGUAAGCCUUAAGAAAGGAUAUAGACAUGUUCUUGUUAACAGUAUAUGGCCUCUCAAAGCACUGGAUCAUCAUGUGAUUUCUGAUGAAGAAAUAAUUCAGAAUUGGCAACUUCCUGAAAGAUUCAAAGCAUAUAACCAGCGACUUUUCUUCAAUUUUUGCGCUGCUUUGAAAAAGGGAACCACCUAUGAGGAUGAGCUUAAUAAUAUUAAAUAUGUUAUUUCAAGUAUUAAUAAAAUUCUGGCUCAUAAUUCACCAGUUUUGAUUGUUCAAAGAUGGAUACGUGGCUUUUUAAUUAGAAAAAAAUUAAGUCCUUUCUUCUUGUGUAAAAGACACCGAGAAAAAAUUUUUAGAGACUAUGAGGCAAAAUGGGUUUACAUAACCAAAGGAUCUGAGGACGGGUUUCCAAAGGAUAUAAUUUUCAAGGAUGAAACUAAUAUAAAAGAAGAAUUUACCCAUUGGAAACAUGAUAUUUAUUCUUCUGUUGAUCUUAAAAAAGCUAGUGGACAGAGAAAAAAUGUUUCUCCUAUUAUAUAUGGAUUAAAAACAAAAGAUAUUGGCAGGAAAUCAAAAAAAUCAAGUUACCUCUUUCAAGAAAGUCAGAAGGAGUCUGGAGAUGAAAAUGAAGAUGAAGUACUGGAUACCAAUUUUAGGAUAUCAGCAUCCAAACUACCUUUAUAUACUUCAGGUUUAUUGAAGUAUGAUGCAAUAUUAAAACAGAAAAAACAAGAUUAUUUUCCUGAACAUGCCCAUCUAUUUCCUACCACCCAUCCAAAACCAAUAAUUAAAAAAGGCACACUACCUGAGACAAAUUUAAGACAGUUUUUUACAACACAGAGAGCCGGUAUAAAACUCCAAACCCUUAAAGAUAUUGACAAAUAUUAUGCUGAACAAAAGAAGCAGGAUCUCCAUCAAGAAAAAAUAACAGCUGUAUCAAGGGCACAAGAUGACAAAAAAAGAGUUGGCUUAACUGUUCAUGAAAGCAUAAAUAAGAAAAAAAUUGCUAUAAAAAAACUAAUUGAAAAAGAUCAUAACACUAUUCAGAAAAGUUUACAGCAACUUUGGCAAGACAAAUUAAAAUACCUUAUGAAAGUUAAAGAGAGAAGAACUCUGUUUCUAGAAGGAAAAAACCAAAAGGCUGAAGAACAUUUAAUAGUUCAAACCCUAAAUAAUGAGCGUACUAUUCUGACCAAAGGAAUGAUUAAAAUUGACAGACUGAAGAGGAAUGAUGCUAUCCUAAGACAAAAAUGGCUGAGUGUUCAGAAAAACAUAGAAGAAGAAAAAUACCAAAAGAAUUUACUCAACCAAAUGAAGGAACAUAGGGCUCAAGAAAUAUACAGAAAACACUGUGCAGAAAAGUUUGUUAUGGAUAUGCUUACUUUUCAAAAAGAUGUUGAGAGAUAUCAAGAAGCUAAAUCUAGAGUUGCACUUGUGAAAACAAAUUUUGUCUUUAAUAUUCCCAAUGGAAUGUCAAAAUGA